AUGGCAGGUGGUUUCGUCACUUACUACAACCCUACCUCAAAACCAAACCAUUCUGGAUCCUCUUUCCUCUACAAACUAAAAUCCAACAUUUUCCCAUUUCUCAUCAUAACUGUCCUCUGUUCCCUCUCUUACUAUCUCGGCCUCUGGCAACGCGGCGGCGCCACCGUCAUCCCCAACUCCACCACCACCACCAUCCCCUGUUUCUCCCCUCCAAACUCAUCAACCCCAUCAUCUCUCACCAGAAACCUAGAUUUCUCAACCCAUCACUCUGCCAACGACGGAUCGACAGUGGCACUGGACAAAGGCAUCAAAGUGUACCCUCAUUGCCACUCCAAGUACAGCGAGUACACUCCAUGUGAAGAUGUACAAAGGUCCCUGAAAUUCAAAAGAGACCGUUUGAUUUACAGAGAAAGACAUUGCCCAGAAAAGAAAGAACUUCUUAAGUGCCGGAUUCCAGCUCCAUUUGGAUACAAGAAUCCGUUCAAGUGGCCCCAAAGCCGGGAUCUAGCUUGGUACGCUAAUGUUCCUCAUAAGGAAUUAACUGUUGAAAAAGCUGUCCAAAAUUGGAUCAGAUACGAGGGCGAUCGUUUCCGGUUUCCCGGCGGCGGGACCAUGUUUCCGAACGGGGCGGAUGCGUAUAUCGAUGACAUUGGGAAGCUGAUUAAUCUCAAAGAUGGAUCCAUUAGAACGGCCAUUGAUACUGGAUGUGGGGUGGCGAGUUGGGGAUCCUACCUUAUGUCGAGAAACAUCUUGACAAUGUCGUUUGCACCAAGAGAUAGUCACGAGGCUCAAGUGCAAUUUGCCUUGGAGAGAGGAGUCCCGGCUCUAAUUGGGGUCAUGGCUUCCAAGAGGCUCCCAUAUCCUUCUAGAGCUUUUGACAUGGCCCAUUGCUCCCGUUGUCUCAUCCCGUGGGGUCAACACGGGGGAGUGUACUUGAUGGAAGUUGAUAGAGUCUUGAGACCGGGCGGGUAUUGGAUCUUGUCGGGUCCUCCAAUUCGAUGGAAAAAAUACUGGAAAGGUUGGGAAAGAAGCAAAGAAGAUUUGAACUCCGAGCAAACCGCGAUAGAGAAUGUAGCAAAAAGUCUUUGUUGGACCAAGUUUGUGGAGAAAGAUGACAUAGCCAUUUGGCAAAAGCCCUACAAUCAUUUAAAAUGCAAACUCACCCAAAACCCGCCUUUCUGCCCCGCCCAAGACCCGGAUAAAGCUUGGUAUACAAAUAUGGACACAUGCGUGACACCUCUGCCGGAAGUUUCGAAAAUGGAAGAGAUUGGUGGAGGGGGAGUGUCAAAAUGGCCGAAAAGGCUAAAUGAUAUCCCGCCGAGGAUAAGUAAGGGUAUGAUAAAAGGGGUAACUUCCGAAAUGUUCUUACAAGACCAUAUCCUAUGGAAGAGGAGAGUGUCUUAUUACAAAACCGUGAACAAUCAGCUUGGACAAUCUGGAAGGUACAGGAACCUUCUAGACAUGAACGCUAACCUAGGAGGUUUUGCAGCCGCUCUUAUUCAAGAACCGGUCUGGGUUAUGAAUGUUGUCCCUGUUCAAUCCAAAGUCAACACUCUCGGAGUUAUUUAUGAACGCGGAUUAAUUGGGACUUAUCAAAACUGGUGUGAAGCAAUGUCUACAUAUCCUAGGACUUAUGAUUUGAUUCACUCGGAUGGGAUAUUCACACUUUACAAUAAUAGGUGUGGAGGAAUGGAAGAUAUAUUGCUUGAAAUGGAUAGAGUUUUGAGGCCAGAAGGGAGUGUGAUCAUAAGAGAUGAUGUUGAUUUGCUAGUGAAGGUGAAGAGGAUUGCUGAUGGAAUGAAUUGGGAUAGCCAGAUAGUUGAUCAUGAAGAUGGACCAUUGAAAAGACAAAAACUUCUUUUUGCUGUUAAAGCUUACUCCACAUCUUCACCAUAUAAAUCAACAAUUUCUUAA